AUGAAAAAUCGAGAUUUUUCUUGGGUUUUCUUGAUACCCUUGUUCCAAAUCUUGUUGAUCACUGAAAUAUCUUUAGUUCAUGGUCAAUGUCUGCAGAAUCAAAAAAACCUUUUGGUUCAGCUAAAGGAUGGUUUGGAGUUCGACACUACGGUGUCAACGAAGAUUGUGCAAUGGAAUAAGAGCACAGAAGAUUGCUGCAAAUGGGAAGGGGUGAGUUGCAAUACAAGUUCUGGUAAUGUUAUUGGCCUUGAACUGGAUGGAGAAGCAAUACAGGACGGGAUAUAUAGUUCAAGUAGUCUAUACAAAUUUCAGUAUCUUCAGAAACUGAAUCUGGCCAACAAUAACUUCAAUUCUACUCCAAUUCCGCCUGGGUUGUUUAAUCUUACAAGUUUGACAUAUCUGAAUUUGUCAAACUGUGGAUUUGCUGGACAGAUACCAGAAGGAUUUUCCCGAAUGGAAAGGUUGGAAAUUCUUGAUCUAUCUACAUAUUUUUUAUCUAAUAAAGCUCGGCUAAAAAUUGAGAAUCCAAAUUUAGAAAUGAUUGUUCAAAAUCUCAAAGGGCUUACUGAAUUGUACUUGGAUGGUGUCAACAUGACAACUCAGGCAAACAGUUGGUCCAAGGCAAUAUCAUCUUCACUUCCCAGUUUGAGAAAGCUAAGCUUGAAACGUAGUUUUAUAUCAGGUCCUAUAGACCCUUCUCUUGGAAGGGUUCGGUUUCUUUCAGAGUUGUUUUUGGAUCAGAACAAUCUGAGUGUCACAGUUCCAGAGUUUUUGGCAAACUUUAAAAACUUGACAGUUUUACAUCUCAGUUCUUGUAAUCUGCAGGGGAUAUUCCGUAAAAGGAUCUUACAAGUACCAACACUAAACGAUCUUGAUCUGUCAGACAACAAAGAACUGCAGGGUUCUGUACCAGAAUUCCCCCAAAAUGGUUCCCUUCUGAAGUCGUUGGUGCUCACAUUUACCAAUUUCUCAGGAACGUUACCAGAGUCUGUUGGGAACUUACGGUUGUUGUCUAGGAUGGAGAUAACGAGUUGCAACUUCGGCGGAAUGAUUCCAAAUUCUAUGGCAAACCUCAGAUUCCUUGUUUAUUUGGAUUUCUCACACAACAAUCUUAGUGGUCCUCUUCCAUUGUUACAGAAGUCCAAGAACCUCACCUACUUAGAUUUCUCCCAUAACAGAUUAUCAGGUACAAUUCCUUCCACGUAUUUCAUAGGACUUGACAAUCUUGUACAUGUUGAUCUUGGAUUCAAUGCGUUUAUGGGGACAAUUUCUUCAUCAUUGUUCGCUCUCCCAUCAUUGAGACAGAUUAAGCUUUCCCAAAAUCAGUUUGGUGGUUUACUCGCCAAUUUUUCCGAGGCUUCGCGGUCACAGUUAGAUACACUUGAUUUGAGUAGCAACAACUUAAAUGGGUCUAUUCCAUUGUCUUGGUUUGAACUGAAAUGGCUGAACAUUCUCUCCCUGUCCUCCAAUCAGUUGACUGGCUCAUUGCAGCUAGACACCAUUCAUAAGCUUGCAAAUCUAACCAAUCUUGACCUGUCGUACAACCAUUUGUCAAUUGAAACAAGUCACAACAGCUCAAGCGAGACUCUGCUCCCCCAGUACAACACAUUUAGAUUAGCUUCAUGCAAGCUAAAAUCUUUUCCUCAUCUGGGAAAGCAAAUAAGAUUGUCUGUACUAGACUUAUCAGACAACCAAAUUCGUGGAGCAAUACCAAACUGGAUUUGGCCAAUUGGAUAUCUCACGUAUUUAAAUUUGUCUCGAAAUCAGUUAGUGAGUCUCCAAGAACCUUAUGCUUUUCCAAGAUUAAGUGUACUUGACUUGCACUCUAACCAACUGACCGGAAGAAUCCCAGUACCACCUGAAACUGCUUCAUAUGUGGAUUAUUCAGACAACAAUUUCAGUUCUUCAAUUUCUUUGGAUAUUGGCAAGAAUCUCACCUUUGCUUUAUUUUUUUCUGUUUCAAGCAACAAGCUGACUGGAACCAUCCCUGAUUCCAUUUGCGAAGCUACUUAUCUUCAAGUCCUUGAUUUGUCUAAUAACAAUUUUAGUGGAGUGAUACCACCAUGUUUACUUGGACAGAGACUGAGAGAGUCUCUUGCUGUACUAAAUCUUGGGAAUAACAAAUUCAGUGGACACAUCAACGGUACGUUUGGGGAGAACUGUGGUUUAAAAACACUGGAUCUGCAUGCCAACAAUUUACAAGGGAAUGUUCCUAAAUCUCUCGCCAAAUGUAAAAUGUUGGAGGUGUUGAACCUGGGGAGCAACCAGAUAAAUGAUACAUUUCCAUGUUUCUUAAAGAAUUCUUCCAGUUUGCGAGUCCUUGUUCUGCGAUCAAACCAAUUCCAUGGAAACAUUCAUUGUCAGGGGCCAACGAGCCAUUGGCCAAACCUUCAAAUCAUCGACAUAGCUUCCAAUAGAUUUACAGGCAAGGUACCAGAGAAUUUUUUCUUGAAUUGGACAUCAAUGAACGGAUACAAGAAUGAUGCAGGGUCAGAAUUCGAUCAUUUGAUUCGUUUCAAGGUCUCAGAGCUUAAUAACUUCUACUAUCAGGAUAGGGUGACGGUAACAGUCAAAGGAUUAGAAUUACAGCUUCUGAAGAUUUUAACAAUCUUUAACUCCAUCGACAUAUCUUGCAAUCAGUUCGAAGGAAAUAUACCAGCAAGUUUGGUUGAACUCAAAGAACUCCAUCUUCUGAAUAUAUCAAACAAUGCACUGACAGGCCGAAUUCCAUCGUCAAUUGGAAAUUUGAAACAACUGGAAGCCUUAGACUUGUCAGUGAACAAUCUAAGAGGAAGGAUCCCGGUGGAGCUUGCAAAGCUAAGCUUCCUUUCAUAUUUGAACUUGUCAUAUAAUCAACUGACUGGAAAAAUUCCACUUGGGACUCAGCUUUCAACAUUUGACGAAGGAUUUUUCAGAGGGAAUGAGGGAUUAUGUGGGAAACCAUUGAACAGAACAUGUGCUGAACCUGUACCUGAAGCUGAACCAUAUAAUCAGGAUUCCAGUGACAUGACGGUGGGAAUUAUGAUAUCUGCUGUAAUCGGGUUCUUUGUUGGCCUGGAAAUCGUUGUAAUGCCUCUUUUCUAUUACAAGAACUGGAGAGCAUAUUACUUUGAACAUGUUGAUCGAGCUCUUGCUAAGAUACUCCAAAAGCAGUCCCCAAAGCGGAAAAAUCAGGCACGAAAAAGACGGAAUGGAAUUCAUAGGGCAAGGUAG